AUGUGUUUUGGCAACGAAGCAUUCUAUGGCUUGAUGUACGUGAACCAUUUCUGGCCCGGUCCAGGCGUUCAUGGCUUCCAUUUCAUUGCACUCCUGGCAGCACUAAUGUUCCCAAUUGCACUUCUAAAAACGGUCAUUAGCCUGGUGCAUUUAUGCACUGCUGCACAAACAUUAGCCAGAAUGGAUCGAAAAACAAUCAGGCAGUAUAGGUAG